UUCUCUCUAUUCCACUUGCGUGAAUUUGAAGCGACCGCUCAAACUCAGAUCACUUACAAAUAAAUAAUAAUUUUUAUAUUGAGAAAAAUUAGUUGGAUGGAUCCGGACGCAGUAGCCAAGGCGUUCGUCGAGCACUACUACACGACGUUCGAUGCGAACCGGGCCGGUCUAGCCAAUCUCUACCAGGACGGUUCAAUGUUGACCUUCGAGGGUCAAAAGAUCCAAGGCUCUCAGAGCAUCGUCGCUAAGCUCACCAGCCUUCCUUUCCAGCAGUGUCAGCACAGCAUCACCACCGUCGAUUGUCAGCCCUCCGGCGCUGGCGGCAUGCUGGUUUUCGUCAGUGGUACCCUCCAACUCGCCGGCGAACAGCAUGCUCUCAAGUUCAGCCAGAUGUUUCAUUUGAUGCCAACACCGCAGGGAAGCUUCUACGUGUUGAAUGACAUAUUCAGGUUGAACUAUGCAUAAAGAUGCAAUCCAAGGAUACAAAACAAACAAUGUUUUGGCUCUCAUCUCCCUGUUCAGUUUUAGGCGUUCUUAAAUGUGAAAACGGAAAAUUCUUUUUAUGUUUUAAUCAUGAUUUCCAUGUGUCUUCAAAAAUUUCAGAGCUUUCUUUGUUGCAUGAUUGGCGGAGUUAGUGAAAGACAAUAUUUAUGAAUUGGAUGUUUGAUUGAAA